UCACACAAUCAGUGAAGUGAAAGGUCAUUUCAAACGCCGCGGAGAAUAAAAUCUUUCCUCAGGUUUAUGUUAGUAUCUCACGUCUGUUUUUAGUUUCAUUCGUGCUAGCAACGUUUCUGACGCUGCAGCAGUUUAUUUUGCAAACACCUCUGUGGAGUAAAAGAUCUCUGAUAAAGAAUGGCACAUACCUCAAGAAUCUCUCAACGAGGAAAAGGUCUUGUCUUUCCUAUGUACGCGCCAUUUUUAUUCAUUGCCAUCUGCUCAAUAAUUUCAGCAGAAAAGGCAGUGGCACCUUCAAUGACCAGCGGAGAUUCUAACAUCAACUCGUCAGCUACAACGACAAACAAUGUGGUUGAAAAAACUGCAUCUCCCGCUGCACUCCUUGAAUACGUGAAAAGUGUGAGCGGUCCUCUGGAGGAGGACGGAUUGGUGUACCCGUUGGAUUACUACAAUGAAAAAGCUAUGAUGGAGGAGUUCGAUUUUGAGCCCGCAGAUUUUAUGAAAAGACUCGCCAAUUCUGCAGCGUCACACGGGACACCGCCCGCUCAAUUUACGCAAGACAUCUUGGAUCUUCUUGCCCUGCAAAAUCGAUCUUUAUCGGAACAGAGCGAGUCGCCCAGCCGAAGUGACACUCCGAAACUCCUGAGCGAGAUGCUCCUGAAAAGAAUGACGGACGGUUGGAAGAGCGAGCUGAGUCGCCUGGAAAAGAAAUACAACAUCAGUUCGGAAGUUGCAGGGCCCGACUCCAUCACCACGACGCGACUGGCGCUGAUGUAUCCUCAUCUCAUCAAUUUCGGCCAGAAACCCUUCGCGGCUCCCCUCAACAUUACGGUGGGUUUCUCAGGGCGCGAUGAAAACUGCGAAAGGGGUUACGGCGGCUGUCGCACGGACUUGUACGAUGCGAAUAUACCAUCAAUACUAGGCCGCCCCGAAUUCGGUGGGCUCAUCCCUCUAGUUCAACUUGACGAGAUCAUCCGCCGGAUGAUCAUAGGGACGCACCUCUAUGCGCUUCACAGGAACAGUGUUGACGACAUGGUGCCCUUCCGAACCAAGUGCUUCUUGUUGAAGCGUCGCAUGGAGAGGAGCCUCUUGUCCGAGGACAGGAGAGUCAGGUUCCUGCGCAGCAAUGAAAUCGUCCAUAAAAAUGGGACAUUGCUGAGGACUUCCAUCAAAAAUGUCUACGAUCGGAUCCCGAAAACUUUCAAGGAUAACAUCGAUUGGGAUUUGCUCACCUGGGAAGUGCCGGUUUACGGCCUGACGCGUUGCUUACUCUAGGGUGACAACUGUAAGGGCCGAUUAUACGACCUCUGGUCAGGCGCUAGUCAAAUGGUAGUUUGGAUCUGACCAGAGCAUAGGUGUGUACGACUCCCGGUUUUCUUCAGGUCAAGUCCCGGUCAGCCUUUGUUCUUUCUCAGAAACCAGAGGUUAGGCUGAUUGGCAGAUUGACUGCUGGUCAGAGUCUGACCACUGGUUUGGUGACCAGAGGUUGACAAGAGAUCUUACAAACGGCCUUAAGUCGGUCCACAAGCUUACCUCACCGGUAAGAGCAGGGGAUUUUUUUCUCCCUUCCUUUUUUUCUUCCUGCGCUCCUCCUCUUUUUUUCUUCCAAUCUUCUAUUGCGUCUUCUUCCUGACAUAAGGGCGUAACUACACCUAGCAAUGAACUCUGUCGUCCAUAAAAUUCAAUGCUUUUCUGGGCCUACAUCGAGAUGUAGUUACGCCCCUUUGUGAGCCGGGCGACGAUUUUACGCUCGUAUUUUUUUAUUACUACCUUCCAAUUUUCUCUUUUUUUAACGAACCCUGUAACCUAACCACAAAGGUGUUUAUGACCAUCGAUGUUAAGGCACCGCUUUGAAAUAUAAAUGCAGAUCACGAUUGAGCAACGAAUGUUUCCAGACUUAGAAAGCUGUUUUUUAGAAGCUUUUUUUGACGUAGAUGUAAAACUUGUGUUAAGAACUUAAGAUUAAAUUCGUUCUAGAUCUAUAUCCUUAUUUCUAAAACUGUGAAAUGACAAUGGAAAAACUGGCGUUGCUUAAAUUACAGUUACUUUGAAUUAAAAA